AUGGCUGCCCGCAUGAAGCAGGGACUCUCGAGUCUUGUUCAGAAAUUGGAUGUCGUACGACAUCGGCUUGUGCUCUUGGAACACAUUAUUUCUGGAAAAUAUCCUCCGCCUGCCCUAGCUGUUGCUGCCAGCCCAACAGCGCUUUCAGGAACUGAGUCACAGCAAACUCCAAAUGGGGAGACUGACCUGAAAUCUAUAUUUGAUGGGUUCAUGCUGGCUGUGCCGAGAGCAAGACGUACUAUUGAGACAAGACUGAGGAGGAAAAUGGCCUUCACUGGAUAUUUUGAGCAUGCUUGGAAAAAGAGGAAUAUUGUGCCAUGUUUGGAGUGUGGAAAUUUCAAAGAGAAAGGACAUUUAUGUCUUUUCUGCUAUGAAAAAGUUCGAGCGGAGACGAAAGAAAUGCAAGCAAAAAUGGGCGAUGACCUCAAGUUCAAGGUUCCACAGUCAGAAGUGGUGUUUGUCUAUGAAGGAGACGCGGCCAAUACUGAGGGCAAGCAUGUCGUCAGUAUGAACAAACAGAGACCAAGUUGGUUCCCAAAGCAGUUGUUAAAUAAAACCGGAGUAUAAAUUAUUGAAAA